AUGUUUUGGUUGCUGAUAAUGUUCAAUCUUUUAUUUGCUGACAAUGUUUUGUGUAUUUUCUGUUACAUUAACUCGCGCAUCGCCGGUUUUUGGCCUCAAUCACCUAACGGCCCGCCGCACACAUCUCUAACGGUAUUGCGUUUCUGCGUGAAUACAUUUGCAGUUGCUUUAGGCGCCUUCGGUGAGAAUUUCUACGGUUUCAUGUAUCUGGACGAUCUUUUUAGUGCACUUGAGGCAUUCUGUCCAGGAGUUACCAAGGUCAUAUCGCUGUUAAAGAUGACCAUGUUUUUUGUACGCCAUAAGCGUUGGCAACGUGUGAUUCAUGCGAUGCGUAUGUUGUUGUUGCAGGAUACCAGCAUCGAGAAGCGUCGCAUCAUGGAGCCACUGGCCUCGUUUGCAUCUCUGCUGUCCUUUGUGCUACUCGCAGCUGGUUCGCUAACGAAUACGUUUUUCAAUGUUUCGCCGCUGGUGAAAAUGGUCUACUACAAAUGGCAAUCGCAGGAAAUGCCGUUGCUGUUGCCCUUCAAAGUUGUUUUGCCGGAACUGCUUGUCAAUUUACCCUAUUCCCCAGCCACCUACCUGAUGCUGACGCUGUCCGGCGCCAUGACAGUGUUCACCUUCAGUGCCGUGGAUGGAUUCUUCCUUUGCGCUUGUUUGUAUACGUAUGAAUUGUUUCGUAUGUUGCAAUUUGACAUACGCCAUACAUUCGCUGAAUUGCAAGAACUGGAGUAUUCAACGUUGUUGCAAAAUGUGCGGAUACAACGUCGUUUGGCGGUGCUGGUUGAACGCCACAACAAAGUCAUCGAUCUGUGCAGCGAGAUCGCAUCGGAAUUUACACUCAUCGUGCUGAUGCAUUUUCUUUUAGCCGCGCUGGUAUUGUGCUUUAGCAUUUUGGACAUGAUGCUG